CUCACAGAGGUUUAUUUUCUGUCAAUGUUAUUGCAAUGAAACGACGGCAACAACGGAAGAAAGCGAGCCCAGUAAAGCAACCUGAAACAAAUUCUCGAGAAGAGCGUCAGCAACGAACGAAACCUUCAUCGCGGAUUCCUCUUCAAAGUAACAAAAAACGUGGCGCCCGUGUUGAAGUUAAGUCGGAAACAGCAAAUCUUGGAAGAUGGGGUUCAAAGGAAAUUAAUAAUUUAGCGAUGGCGUUGGGACUUGCUGUCAAUCCUCGUUCGGACGAAGAUUGGGAAAAGAUUGCUGAAACUGUUGGGAAAGGAUGUACACGUAAAAGAAGCGGGGAAGAAUGCAAAAUGCGAGCUGAAAAGACGGGCUUAUUGUUAACUGCUACAUCUACUUCAAAUCAUGUCAGCAACGGACGUUGUACUCAACUCUCAAAACCUGCACGGCGUGAUAAACCGAUAAAGUCUCUCUUUAGCUCUGAAUCGGAAGAAUCAACGAGCGAAAUUCAUCGAAGACAUUAUGAUGAUUUCUUUGCAAAACAGAAAUCACCAAUCACAGAAUGUUUGGACAUGGACGACACUUUGGUGCGUGUAUGCAGCACUGAAGUUUCUACUUAUCCAUAUGUGCGUCUUCGUAGCACCCGACGUCCGUUUAUGAUGAAAAUCUUGUUUGAGGAUGGUUCUAAAGACGAUGAUGGGGAUUGCUCUUUUAGCGAGAUUGAAACGAAUGGAUAA